AAUUCUCUGCAUCAAAAGUCAUACACCUUCUUUGACAAAAGCAGAUUUCUCUUUCGCUUGUUUCUUCUUCUUUUGUAACUCAAGAUAGGCAGAGUGAUUGUAGUAAGUAUUUAUUUUCUGAAACCAUGAAGCUUAAAGAUGGAAAAUAUCAUGUACAACCGGACAAGUCUUUCAAGAUUGUCCCUGCAACAUUACUUGUCCUUGUGCUAUGUGGUUUUUCUUUCUAUCUUGGUGGAGUCUUCUGUUCCGAGAAAAACCGAUUGGAGGGCAAGAUUGUGCAGGAUGUUUCCAAGACUGUUUCUUCUCCAAAGGAACCUGCCGUGAACCCCCUUCAAAUCAAACCGGUCGCUUUCCCGGAAUGCAGUGCUGAUUAUCAGGAUUACACUCCAUGCACUGAUCCCAGGAUGUGGAAGAAGUACGGUACACAUCGGCUUACAUUCUUGGAACGCCAUUGUCCUCCGAUGUUAGAGAGGAAGCUAUGCUUGGUUCCACCUCCUGAUGAGUAUAAGCCACCUAUAAGAUGGCCAAAGAGCCGCGAUCAAUGUUGGUACAGGAAUGUGCCGUAUAAUUGGAUCAAUAAGCAGAAGUCUAAUCAGAACUGGUUGAGGAAACAAGGGGAGAAAUUCAUGUUCCCUGGUGGUGGUACUAUGUUCCCUAGAGGAGUUGGUGCCUAUGUAGAUUUGAUGCAAGAUCUGAUCCCUGGAAUUAAAGAUGGUAUUGUUCGAACUGCUAUCGACACUGGCUGUGGGGUUGCUAGUUGGGGAGGUGAUCUAUUAGAUCGCGGGGUUUUGACAGUUUCACUUGCACCGAGAGAUAAUCAUGAAGCUCAGGUGCAGUUUGCUCUGGAACGUGGAAUACCGGCGAUCCUCGGUGUCAUUUCUACUCAGCGGCUUCCUUUCCCUUCAAGUUCAUUUGAUAUGGCUCAUUGCUCAAGAUGCCUUAUCCCAUGGACUGAAUUUGGUGGAAUAUAUCUCCUUGAAGUUCAUCGCAUACUCCGUCCUGGUGGUUUUUGGGUCUUGUCUGGUCCUCCCGUCAACUAUGAAAACCGCUGGCGUGGAUGGAACACGACUGUUGAAGAGCAGAAAUCAGAUUAUGAGAAGUUGCAGGACUUGUUGAGUUCAAUGUGCUUUAAAAUGUAUGCCAAAAAGGACAAUAUUGCCGUGUGGCAGAAAUCUUCAGAUAAUAGUUGCUACAAUAAGCUUGCAGGAGAUGUCUACCCACCCAAGUGUGAUGACAGUCUCGAACCAGAUUCAGCAUGGUACACUCCGCUCCGCCCGUGUAUUGUUGUUCCAAAGCCAGAACUUAAGAAAUCAGCCUUGGGGUCCCUGCCAAAGUGGCCAGAGAGGUUGCAAGUUGCUCCUGAACGCAUCUCGAAUAUUCCAGGUGGGAGUGCCAGUGCUUUAAAGCAUGAUGACAGCAAGUGGAAGGUGCGAGCCAAGCACUACAAGAAGUUGCUUCCUGCACUUGGGACCAAUGAGAUACGAAACGUUAUGGACAUGAAUACAGCUUACGGAGGUUUUGCUGCAGCUGUUAUCGACGAUCCCUUAUGGGUCAUGAACGUUGUCUCUUCCUAUGCUGCCAACACACUUCCUGUGGUCUAUGAUCGGGGACUUAUUGGAUCUUAUCAUGAUUGGUGCGAAGCAUUUUCAACUUAUCCUCGGACAUAUGACCUCCUUCACCUUGACGGCCUCUUCACCGCUGAGAGCCACAGGUGUGAUAUGAAGUAUGUCCUCUUGGAGAUGGACCGAAUCCUGCGACCUAAGGGGUACGCAUUAAUCCGGGAAUCCAGCUAUUUCGUCGACGCAAUUGGCAACAUUGCAAAGGGAUUGAGGUGGAGCUGCCACAAAGAAGACACAGAAUACGGCGUAACCAAGGAGAAGGUAUUAGUUUGCCAGAAAAAGCUCUGGUAUUCCUCUAACAGCAGUUCAAGAUGACCGAUCCGUUGCCGAAAGUGGUGUUAUUCUUCCUACCAUUGGAGCUGACAAGGAAAGUUCCAUAAUAGAUACAGUAUAUCCAUAUUCAAAUCAAGAACCUCUAAAUUCAUAUUCGUCAAUUGGAGAAUUAGACUCCCAAUAAUAUGAUUUAGUUGAGCUAUAGAUAUAUUCUUUGUAAGGCAUCUAUUUUAUUCACAGUCCUCGCCUAUAAUUUAUCUUUAUAGACCUUAUUUUCUUUCUACCAUGGAUGUGGAGAUAUUGUUAUUUGGUCACUUGCUUCCCAAUUGUGAUUUUUCAAGUAUAAAUCAUCACUGUCUGCUUUCU